GCCUUCCGCACCUCCCACACUGUCCAUGGCCUGCGCCUCCCUCCCCUGCUCUCCCAAACCACCUGAAUUUCCACCGCAGAUCACUCGCCUGCCUCCUGCCUCUUCUCCUCCUCCUAACCGUCGCCGUAACAAAUCCCAGCCCGUUCCUUCACACUAGCUAGCUAGCUAGCUAGAAGCUUUGGCAGUUGAGGUAGGUACCACAGGGGUGUGCUGUGCUGCUAGCUGCUGUGUGUGCAUAUAUAUACUUUGGUGAGAUCUGGUGUGCUUGUUGGUAGCGCGAUGAGGUCCAUGGGAAGCCCGGACUCGUCGUCAGGUUCCGCGCCGCCGCGGCAUCAGCAGCCAGCGCCACCGCCGCAGCAGCAAAGGGGCUCCGCGCCGGAGCUCCCUCCGGGGUUCCGGUUCCACCCCACGGACGAGGAGCUUGUCGUCCACUACCUCAAGAAGAAGGCUGCCAAGGUGCCCCUCCCCGUCAGCAUCAUCGCCGAGGUCGACCUCUACAAGUUCGACCCAUGGGAGCUCCCCGAGAAGGCGACGUUCGGCGAGCAGGAGUGGUACUUCUUCAGCCCACGCGACCGCAAGUACCCCAACGGCGCGAGGCCCAACAGGGCGGCCACGUCGGGGUACUGGAAGGCCACCGGCACCGACAAGCCCAUCCUCGCGUCGGGGACCGGCCGGGAGAAGGUCGGCGUCAAGAAGGCGCUCGUCUUCUACCGCGGCAAGCCGCCCAAAGGUCUAAAGACCAACUGGAUCAUGCACGAGUACCGCCUCACCGACGGCUCUAGCUCCACCGCCACCGCCAACCGGCCGCCGCCCGUCACCGGCGGGAGCAGGGCUGCCUCUCUCAGGCUGGACGACUGGGUGCUAUGCCGCAUAUACAAGAAGAUCAACAAGGCCGCGGCCGGGGAUCAUCUGCAGAGGAGCAUGGAGUGCGAAGACUCCGUGGAGGACGCCGUCACCGCGUACACGCCGUAUGCCACGGCGGGCAUGGCCGGCGCAGGCAGCAACUACGGCUCAAUGCUCCAUCAUCACAGCAGCCACGAGGAGAAUAACUUCCUUGACGGACUGCUCACCGCAGAUGACGGCGGCGGCCUCUCUGCGGGCGCGGCCUCGCUGAGCCACCUCGCCGCGGCGGCGAGGGCGAGCCCGGGUACAACCAAGCAGCUCCUCGCUCCGUCGUCUUCGACCCCGUUCAACUGGCUCGACGCGUCCACGGUGGGGAUCCUCCCGCAGGCAAGGAAUUUUCCUGGGUUUAGCAGGAGCAGAAACGUCGGCAGUAUGUCGCUGUCCUCAACGGCCGACAUGGACAACGGCGGCGGCGGCGGCAAUGCGGUAAACACCAUGUCUGCAUUCAUGAGCCCUCUUGCCGUGCAAGACGGGGCCUACCACCAACAGCAUGUCAUCCUCGGCACCUCCCUGCCGCCGGAAGCCAGCGCCGCCGCCGUCUCUGGUUUUCAGAAUCCCGUUCAAAUAUCCGGCGUGAAUUGGAAUCACUGAACAAUCGACACCGACACCAGUCCACAGAUGUGCAUGCACGCAUGCAUAACUUUCACAAGUCGUACAUUGCUAGCCAGCCAAUAGCUGUUGUUGCAGUUAGUGGUAGUCGCAUUCAGUGAGCACUGAGUAGCAAGCAUGCAUAUCACCAUUGCAUGCAUAUAUAUGGCCGCAUUGCACCACCGGGCAUUCACGUACUUGUACGAACUUGCUAGCCAUACCUAGCUAUGAGGUACACAAAACGUAGUCAGAAUUAUGCUUAUGCGUAUAGAUUGUAGCGCAUGUAGUAAGUAUAUGCAGUUUAAGUUCUCAUUCAAAGUUAAUUUUUGGAGGGGACUACUUCGAUCGCAUUUAGCCUUAACAUGUAGGCAUGUAAGUAAAUACUAAAUAGGGCACAGUACAUGGUAGUUGCAUGCAUGCAUGAACUUAUAUUUGCUUAAUCCACAUGCAUGUACAUUGUGUAGUUAACUCGGUAGAUGUAUCUCAUCAUCUUUUUUGUAUUUGCACUAAAGAUUUGUAAUUUGUAAACUAGGAUUAAUUACUACAGCUAGUAGUACAUGUAUGAAAGGAAAUUACCCAUCAACCUUCAUAUAUAUAUUGAAAUCUAUUUAUAAAUAAGAGUCAUAAGCUUAUUGUUCUACUUGGUAUUAUAUUUCAAAUAGAAUUUAUCCAGAAUUUAUUCAAUUGACUAAUAACCCACAAGGCCCAAGGGUUUAACUACUUUUCAUUUCGAAAAAAGGACCCACAAAGACCGAGGGUUUAUCUAUAUCGCCUCCCUAUUCAUUAAUUAUAGAUGACCAACACCUAUAAGUUAUGAGCCACCUCUCCGUCACCCUCUACUUCCUAUCUUGCCAACAACAUGGGUCGUCCAGAGUGUCCCGACGUAUUUGCCACCUGGCAUCAUCUUCUAAUCCUCCACAUUUCUAUUGGUUCACGGGACUUGACGUAUAGUCAUAAGGGGAUCCUGAUGUGAACCUUACUGCAGUAUGAGGAUGCACAAAAAAACUAUCUUCUCUAGAUGCAAUCACUUGGAGACAUUUAAAUAUGAUAUGUUAAA